AUGGCGAGUUUUUUCGACCAGGUAGCGAUUACUGUCCAGCCUCAUGCCUCUCUGAACUCUUCCAAGGGAAUCGUUUUCUGUCGAGACCUUAUGGACUGCAGUGAUGAGGAAAUAAAGGAUGAGCUGCAGUGCGAGGUGGUGACAGAUGUGGUCAGGAUUGUUCGGACCGAAAACGGGGUAAAGGUUCCUACCCCGGGUCUUAUUAUAACCUUUGCAAAACCCCAUCCGCCAGAAACCAUCAAAGCCGGUUAUUUGUCUCUGUCUGUGCGGCCGUACUUUAAAAACCCCCAGCGGUGUUUCCGCUGUCAGAGGUUCGGGCACUCCAGUAAAGUGUGUUCGAACCCGGAGACAUGUUCCCGCUGUGGUGAUGAAGGACACCAAGAGGAGGGGUGCAAAAAUGAGACGCGAUGCAUCAAUUGCAAGGGAAAACAUCCGGCAUACUCAAGAGAGUGUAAUAUCUUUAAAGAAGAAAAAGAAAUAUUGAAAAUCAUGACUAUCGAAAAGCUUUCAUUUAACGAGGCGCGUAAAGAGUACAGGAGGAGGGUCGCCCCAACUCCAAAAAAAGGAGUUUCCUACUCUGAAGCUGUAUCUGUCCCUGUUCAGACCGCACAGUGUUCCUCAUGUACAGUCUUGGAGGGUAUGGUGCGUGCAUUGACUGAGCAGGUGGCUGCUCUGGUUUAG